CGGCUAUUGUCGGCAGUCUGGGGUAACCCGCAUCGUUGAUACUCCGCAGCACUUCUUUCUUUUUAUUAGACAAGUCUAGCCGCUAUGCAGACUUCUUUUCUCAUCUAUCGGUUCUCCUCAUUCCCUUUUGGUUUUGGCCAAUUCAAAAGGCCCUCGAGAUGAGCUUCCUCCGCUGCGCUGGAAGCAUGCCGUGUGCUCUAAGAUACCCCAUAUUCCAAGGUAUCCUACCACUUAGAACUCAAGCAAGACAUUCUGUUCCCCGCCGGAGUUUCCAUGGCGCUUCAGCCCUCUGGGCAAUCAAGUCACAGGUAUUAAAGGACGUUGGAGAAGGCAUCACGGAGGUCCAGAUUAUACAGUGGUACGUCGAAGAAGGUGCUCGCAUUGAGGAAUGGAAGCCACUCUGUCAGUAUCAAUCGGAUAAGGCCGUAGAUGAUGUCAGUGGAAUUCUAUUCUGUCGUGUACAUUUCAUUUCGUUAUUGCUCAUUCUCAACAAGAUAACUUCAAGGUACGAAGGCGUCAUCAAAAAGCUUCACUUUCAAGCUGAUGACACCGUUCCAACAGGAAGGGCCCUUUGCGAUAUAGAGGUCGAGGACGGAAAAUAUCCGGAUGAUGGUGUGCCUACGGCCAAGGAUGAAACGGUCCAAGUUCCAGCAGAUGCGGAAACAACGAAAGCCCAUGAAGCCACCGAGCGUUUGGUUUCAGAUACUGAAGUUUCUAACGAUGCUCCCAAGUCGAGAUACGCAUCUCUCGCCACACCUGCAGUCCGUGGAUUGCUAAAGAGUUAUAAUCUUAAUAUACUCGAUAUUGAUGGAACAGGCAAGGAUGGACGAGUUCUCAAAGAAGACGUCCUCAGAUUUGUCGCAGAAAAAGAGUCAGCGGCUCAAGAAAUACCAACACGGCCGUCGGCCACGCUGGACACCCGGCAAUCGGAGACGACGGUUAACCUGACUCCAGUUCAGUCACAGAUGUUUAAGACUAUGACCCGUUCACUGACUAUUCCUCAUUUCCUUUAUACCGAUGAAGUUAAGCUCAACACACUCUCUGCUAUAAGAGAGAGACUCGCAAAUGAUGCCAACGAUCCUAAAAAGGUCAGACUCCUGCCUUUUGUCAUCAAGGCAGUUUCUUUGGCUCUAAAUGAAUAUCCACUUCUAAACGCUAAGGUUGAUAUGACCAACCCCGAAGCCCCCAAACUCAUAAUGCGAGCCAAGCAUAAUAUUGGGAUCGCCAUGGAUACCCCCCGGGGGCUGAUCGUCCCGAACAUCAAAGAUGUUGCAAAUCGUUCGAUUAUGGACAUUGUAUCCGAGAUAUCACGCUUGAGUGGCCUUGGAAAAGUCGGGAAACUCACAGCAGCCGAUCUCAAUGGCGGGACCAUUACCAUUUCCAAUAUCGGCAAUAUUGGUGGCACCUAUGUUGCUCCAGUUAUCGUAUCGAAUGAAGUGGCAAUUUUGGGAAUUGGAAGGUCAAAAGUAGUACCUGUCUUCGGUGCUGCUGGGGAGAUCACAAAAGGCGAGCUGGUGAACUUCAGUUGGAGUGCAGAUCACAGGGUUGUGGAUGGGGCAACGAUGGCUAGAAUGGCCAACAGGGUUCGGGAGUUUAUCGAGUCUCCAGAGCUUAUGCUUUUGAAUUUGAGAUGAUAUUGGAUUACCCAUAACUGCACUGUCCUUUACCAUCUGUAGCUUCCCCAGUUCUGUCAAGCAUUUAUUCAAAAGAUGACAUGGAGUCAGGAGAGUGUUUUCUGCCCAGGCUUGGGGAAUAUUAACCCAGAAUACUAGACGGGCGGCUGUAGCUUUGGCUUUGUGAGCAGAAUAGGCAAAUUAAAAUAAUUAGAAAGCCAUGUAAUUCUCACCAAGAUAGCCUCUGCUGCAUUGCGGUGCAGCAUUAAGCGCUGC